AUGCCCGUCUUGGCUUUCUCAACUGCUGAAAGAUACGACUUUAACUCACUCAAAUCAUCACUAUCUGCGUAUAACUCAUAUCUAGUACCAGACUCUGAUGGCGCAAUCUAUAUUCCUCUAGACAACACCGGCGAUAAAGAAGUCUUCAUCUUUAAAUCUGGCAGUUUCGUUACCUGGGGCAUGGAUACUGAUCAAGGUGAACGAUUCUUGCGUCAAGUCAUUAGAAGAGGCAAUACGCCUUCCAAUAAUCAAAUCAGUCUACAGAAAGUGCUAGAGGCUAGUGGUAGAUUUAAGAACACUGGCUGGGUUGAGAAAAAUCGCUACCUUGAAUUUGAAACUGAACAGUUAGAUUACGUUGUUGAUCCUUCUGAAUCAACUAGAUUGCAAGGUGAUUUAAUCGUUUUAGGUCAAGACUCGGAUUUAGACUCUAUCAAAAGUAUUUCUUCAAACUCACAGUUGAACACUAAUGAAUACCCUAUGUUAUUAACGAAAUACUCCUUCUCGCACGCUCUCAGUCGCAGUGCAAAAUUGUCCGCUUUAGAAUCACAAUUAUCAACCUACCUAUCAAAGGUCUCAUCAAUCCCUUCUUACCUCGCUCUCAAUGGCAAAGUCCCUCCUGAAAUGGAUAGAAAAGCCAUUGCUAGUAGUAUGGGCGAAUUACUCAGAUUCAGACAGGGCCUGAAUUUGGAACUUGACAAUGAAGGUGAGAACUUUUGGGGUGUACCUGAUGCCUUAUGGGAUGAACAGAUCCUAGAGAGUUAUUUUCAACAAGUUUCUGAAGUUUUGGAUAUAAAACCACGCGUUGACGCUAGAUUAUCUACAAACGCACGUAUUCACUUUAUUCGCUCUUCCUCUUUUAACCUCCUCCCCAACAGUCAAACAAGCCAUCGUAUGGAGUUGAUCAUUAUUGCGUUGAUUACGGUUGAAGUAGCGUUGGCUAUUAUAACCCAUGGUAGAGAAAUUUAUCUCGUACUUACUGAGGAAGAACCUGGUCAGGAUGGUCAGGAUAAUCAGAAUACGGAGGCGGUGCAUCUAAGCAAUCCAUUGAGGGUUCACUAG